AUGCGAACUCGGAUUUGGAAUAUCGUAGCUCUAAAGCUACUUGUGGCAGUUUCUGUGAGCAAAGCCGAAACCUGUGAAAGCCUGCUAUACGAGUCGGAUGUCCCCCUCGCCUUCGAUAUCCGCGCCUAUGAGACCAUUACGACGUUCCCGGGGUCACUGAUGGGGACUUGUUCAGACAGGUGUCUGAGGGACCCUUCGUGUCUGGCCGUGGAGAUCUGCGAGUCACGCGGGUAUCAAAUAUAUUUUAUACUAUUUGAACUGAACACGACUUGUGGUGCGUUGGAGUUCUACGACAGAGAGACGGCGCAAUGUGUUCAGCAAGACGUAUGUAACUUUGAGUUGACAACGGAACCAUCGUGUUUCCUGACGGAGACCACUGGUGACAUUUUCGACUGGACGAGGAAAUCGGGAUCCACAUCAUCUGUGUCAACUGGACCGCCCUCAGCCAAGGUUGGGAGUUACUAUAAAUACACAGAAACCUCCUCCCCACGACUCACCGGGGACACGGCCUGGCUGGUCAGCAACAGAGUGUUCGAGGACAAGACAUAUUGCCUUUCCAUGUAUUAUCAUAUGUAUGGCUCAACGCAAGGAACUCUUAAAAUUCAAACCAUAAACGGAAGUGACCCACCAGUGACGCAUUGGGAACUGUCUGGUGACCAAGGCAACACGUGGCACAGCCUUGACAAGCUCAACCUGCCUCUGAACAACAACACUAUGAUAAGGUUUGAAGGCAUCAGGGGGACCAACUACUACAGCGACAUGUCCAUCGACUACGUCGUGCUGUGGCCCUUCGCCUGUCCGUAGGUGGCGAGGAACUAACGCCAUCUGCCAUCAAGAAAAAUAACUCUUUUGGGUUUUUGUGAUAGAAUCUAUCUGAUUGACAAUGACAGUAUUUUGCUGAUAUUUACUCGACAAUUGUGUGCUUUUCUUUCUUUCGAUCUGUUGAAUUUUCUUUGUCUCGUGUAAUUCUACUUCAUCUAAAGAGACUUUUAUGCACAUGUUUUAUCUUUUUAAAAUAUUAUGUAUUGAUAUGGAUUAUUAUUAUGUUGUGUGACUGAGUUUGUCUA